AUGGCGGCCCCGAAGCAGUCCGAGGCCGGGCCCUUGGUGGGGGCCGUGGUCCAGGGCACCAACUCCUCCAGCUUCCUGGUUUUCAACUCGAGAACGGCGGAGCUGGUCAGCCACCACCAGGUGGAGCUGUCGCAGGAGUUUCCGCGCGAGGGGUGGGUGGAGCAGGACCCCAAGGAGAUCAUGAGGUCGGUGUACGAGUGCAUAGAGGCGGUGUGCGCGCAGCUGGGCGAGCGCGGCCUGGCCGCGGCCGACGUCAAGGCCGUGGGCAUCAGCAACCAGCGGGAGACCACGCUGGUCUGGGACAGGGCCACCGGGGAGCCCCUGUACAACGCCGUGGCCUGGCUGGACGUGCGCACGCAGGCCACGGUGGAGGCGCUGGGCAGGCGGAUCCCGGGCCACAGCAACUUCGUCAAGUCCAAGACCGGCCUCCCGCUCAGCACCUACUUCAGCGCCGUGAAGCUGCGCUGGCUGCUGGACAACGUGGAGGCGGUGCAGGCGGCCGUGGAAGAGGGCCGCGCCCUGUUCGGCACCGUCGAUUCCUGGCUCAUCUGGAACUUGACGGGAGGCGUCGACGGCGGCGUCCACUGCACCGACGUGACCAACGCGAGCAGGACGAUGCUCUUCAACAUCCACUCCCUGGAAUGGGACAAGCAGCUCUGCGGCUUCUUUGACAUUUCCAUGAGCAUCCUUCCCACCGUCUGCAGUUCGUCCGAGAUCUACGGCAACGUGAAAGCUGGGUCCCUAGAGGGGGUGCCGAUAUCGGGGUGCCUGGGGGACCAGUCUGCUGCGCUGGUGGGACAGAUGUGCUUCCAGGAAGGACAGGCCAAAAACACCUAUGGAACGGGUUGUUUCUUGCUGUGUAAUACCGGCCGUAAGUGUGUGUUUUCUGACCGUGGCCUCCUGACCACAGUGGCUUAUAAAUUAGGCAGAGACAAGCCCGUGUGUUACGCCCUGGAAGGCUCUGUGGCCAUAGCAGGUGCUGUGAUUCGCUGGCUAAAGGACAACCUUGGAAUUAUAAAGACCUCAGAAGAAAUUGAAAAACUUGCUAAAGAAGCAGGCACUUCUUACGGCUGCUACUUCAUCCCAGCCUUUUCAGGGCUAUAUGCACCUUACUGGGAUCCCAGUGCAAGAGGGAUCAUCUGUGGGCUCACUCAGUUCACCAAUAAAACUCAUAUUGCUUUUGCUGCAUUAGAAGCUGUGUGUUUCCAGACCCGAGAGAUUUUGGAUGCCAUGAACCGUGACUGUGGAAUUCCACUCAGUCAUUUGCAGGUAGAUGGAAAAAUGACCACCAACAAAAUUCUUAUGCAACUCCAAGCAGACAUUCUGCAUAUUCCAGUAAUAAAGCCCAUUGUGCCUGAAAUAACGGCACUGGGGGCUGCCAUGGCAGCAGGAACUGCCGAAGGGGUGGACAUUUGGAGUCUUAAACCUGAGGAUUUGUCAGCCCUCGUGAUGGAGCGGGUUGAGCCGCAGAUCAAUGCCACGGAAAGCGAAAGUCGUUAUGCUACCUGGAAGAAAGCUACCAUGAAGUCGGUGGGUUGGGUUACAACUCAGUCUCCUGAAAGUGCUGAAUCUCCUGCCUUCUCUAGUCUGCCCUUGGGCUUUUUCAUAGUGUCUAGCAUGAUGAUACUAAUUGGAGCAAGGUACAUCUCAGGUAUACCAUAUUAA